UGUGAGCUCGGUGUGAUGUAGAGUGUAGUGUAGGAUAAGUUAGCUUAGCGUUACAAUAGAAACAUUUAUAAAUACAUAUUUACAUUGAAUUUAUUGUUUUUUUCUUGCCAAAGGAAUUUAAGGGUAAGUUUCCAGGAAAAAAUACCAAAGACGACAUCCCACAAACACGACCACAGAGAAUUAAAAGGUUAUUGCUGCUUUUCAGGUGUGUGUGAUGAGUGCGCCGGUGUAUGUCUCUGAUGAGGAGGAGUGUGUGUUGGAGUCGACAGCGGCUGAUCUCAGCAGUCACACACAUGCUAGACGCCUCCAGGCUCCGAUUACAGAACUUUCAGUUAUCGGUCCUGUGGAAACACACACACAGCAGGUGAACAGAGAUGAGCAUGUGGAGGAGAAGCUGCAGGUGUUUCUGCGUAUUCGUCCUCUUACAGAUGUGGAGAGACAGCGUGGAGAAGAUCAGGGCUGUGUGUGUGUGCAGAGUGAAGACACACUUCUCCUGAAGGCCCCUAAAGACUCGCACAGCAUGAAGAGUGCAGAGAGAGGAGUGUCGCAGAGUGUACACAAGUUCACCUUCACACGGAUUUUCAGGGAAACAGAGUCUCAGCAGGAAGUUUAUGAUCAGAUGAUGAAGGAGAUGGUACGGGAUGUCCUUCAUGGAGAAAACCGACUUCUCUACACAUACGGAGUGACAAACUCGGGCAAAACCUACACCAUACAGGGCUCGGCAGGUGAAGCCGGUCUCCUCCCCCGGGCUUUAGUCUCUGUGUUCACUAUACUGGAGGGACAGCUUUACCCCUGUGCCGACCUGAAGCCCGUUCUCAAGCAGGAAGUCCGCCAACUCAGCAAUGCAGAGAUCUGCGCCGAGGAGGACAGACGCCAAGCUCUGCUGCGAGAGGAGGAGGUGUGCAGGCAACGCGGGGGUGUUAAUGCAAGUGUUAGUUGGGACAGUGGGAUCAGUGGACUCUCAGCCAUCACACGACUGGAAGAUUCAGACGGUAUGUGUGUAGACAUCGAUGGAGUGGGUCUCGAUGAUGUCACUGUGGAUAAAACACUGCAGUUUGGCAUCUGGGUUUCAUUUUACGAGAUUUACAACGAGUUUGUUUAUGAUCUGCUGGAGCCCCCCACGUCUCUGCACACACAGAAGAGGAAUACACUGAGACUGAGCGACGACAAGCAUGGCAACGUCUACGUCAAAGAUUUGACUUGGGUAAAUGUGCGCAGUGCUGAUGAAGCAUGGCGAGUGCUCACUGUAGGGCGGAGCAACCAGAGCUUUGCCAGCACGCACCUCAACCACAACUCCAGCCGAAGCCACAGUGUGUUUACUGUGAGAGUGCUGCAUAUUCAGCCAGUGGGGGGCGCUACACACAUCAGCGAGUUGUGUGUGUGUGACUUGGCUGGUUCUGAGCGCUGUAAAGAUCAGCAGAAUGGAGAGCGGAUGAAGGAGGCGAGCAACAUCAACACUUCCUUACUCACUCUGGGACGCUGUAUCAGUGCAAUGAGACACAACCAGACGUACAGGCAGCGCCCGGCGCAGGUCGUUCCUUUCCGAGACAGUAAACUAACCCGAGUACUGCAGAGUUUCUUCUCGGGACACGGCCGUGCCUGCAUGAUGGUCAACGUUAAUUCCUGCAGUUCCAGUUACGAUGAGACCCUGCAUGCCCUCAAGUUCUCUGCCAUCGCCACACAGUUGGUCCAUGGUCCUGCGUCUAAGAACCGAGUGGCUUACAUCCUGUCGUUGCUGCGUGAUGAGUCCGCCCAUGCAGACCACACCCUGAUGGAGGAUGAGGAAGAGGAGGAGGAGAGUGACGAAGAGGUGGAUGUCAGCAUGUUCCAGCCUGAGGCUCUGCUGAAGGCGAUUAACGUGCUAAAACGAGAAGUCCUGCGUCAGCGGGGGGAGAAAGAUGAGCUGGAGGUGAAGAUCAGAGAGCAGGUGUGUACAGAGAUGAUGGAGGUCAUGAACCGCAUGCAGCUCGACUUCAGUGAGACGAUGGAGAGGGAGAGGGAACUGCUGGAGAAUCGGUGUGAGAACAAAAUCAACAACCUGAAGAGCAGCUUAAAGAAAUACUACAGUCAGCAGCUGGAGGAGCGAGAUGAUCAGAUCCGGGAGCUCAGUGCAACCCUGAAAGAGAAUGACGGAGGAAGUGCAGCUCCUAGUUUUCCUUCUCUGGAGGAGUUUGAUGGACCACGACGAUCUCAGCGUGUAGCAUCAUCACGUAAACGCAGCAGCCAGCAAGAACAUGCAGAGUCGGAGCACGUUAAAGCUGAAUUGUCACGCGUUAAAGCCGAGCUUGAGCAGUGCAGAGCUGAGCUCGACCUCAAACAAACAGAGCUUACACUCAAAACACUCGAGCUGAAGCGUUUUCAGGAUCAUCCAGGAACCUCAAGCCUGACUGUAACCGCAGAGCGCAAACUCGUCGAGGGACAGAAGACUCUGAGGCAGUUGCGUGCUGAUCUGCACUCCCUGGUGGUGAAGCUGCAGUCUGGAGGGCGAGCGUGCUGUCAUUAUACUGAUGGAGAGAAACUCCGGACAGCCCUUAACACCGCUGACUCAACACUCCUCAAACAGGAUCAGAUGCUGAUGGAUCUUCACUUGACUUUGCAGCUCCUUAAAGCUCAGCUCCAUCAUAAAGAUGAGACUCUGGCAAAUUUUAAGCGACCUUUCACCCCUGCUACCCCUGUCACAUCUGCGACCCCUAGCUCCUGCAGUAGGCGGGGCUGUGGAGUUGCCAUGGCGAUGGUGGAGAACCAGCCUCCAGGGAAGCGAACACUCCUGCGGUUCUUCUCACCGUCAUGCAGCAGCAAAAUGAGAGCGAAGGCAGACACCACGACGCCAUACGCCCGCAUACUGCGCUCACGCCAACCCUCUCCCCCACCCAGCCCCGCCCUCGUACGCAGGGGGAGGGUCUAAUGAUGCUCACUUAAUUCCUGAUUCUAUUUAAUAUCUAGUUAAAUGUCAGCCUGUUACUUCCCAACCUUAGUCCCUUUCUACUUUUUAAAUAUGGCAGAAUAUUGAUAUGAACCUUUAUCAUGCCUAAUCUAACUAGUAAUCAAAUUAACAGCCUUUCCUGGGAGCAGGGACACUAAAAUAUGCAGGAUAUGGGGUUUUCCAGGACCAGGUUUGGGAACCUGUGCAAUUAGCCAAACUUUAUGGAUUGACGAACAGCAGCUUUUUCUCUCUUUUAUACUUUUGAUUAAACUAUGUUCAUCACAUAUUUAGAAUUUAUUAUACUGUAACUAUUAAUCAGUUCUCCAUUAAGCCUUAGUUCCGGUAACAAUCCGCCCAUUUAGUACAAGAGCAGGAUGAGGCAAGAUCUUUUUAAAAUAACUACUCAAUCAUGCUCAUGAAGGUGUUUUAUGCUAUAUGCAAAAAUAUUACAGAAUAUUGUAAUAUUUUGUAUAUAUUAGCUUAAUUAAUCAUCUUCAUUAACAGACUAUUGGUUUAUUAUUUAACAGACAUCCAUAAAUUAUAGUUAAUUCUCAACAACAAAAAAAGUACUUCUUGGAUUCUUGCUGUCGUUCAUUUGGGAGAGAACAAGGAUAUAAAUAUAGCGUUAAUUAUCUUUAUCGGUUACUCAGUGCUGAUCAACACUUAACGAGUCACCAAUCAGCUGUGGCAAUGAGAUUCUUAAUGGAAAGUUUGAGCUGAACAUUUAUUCCAAAUAUUUGACAGGGUUGAUGAGCUCUCUGGAAUAAAAUUACAAACACAAAGCUUUAAAAACAGUUUAUACAGUUUUAUAGAACACCUGUAAGAUGUUGCUACAAUUUGCCUAGCUGUGUGUAUGUACUCUUACACACCGCUUUCUCAAGUCAUAUAUGCCUCUUUAUUUUUACUUUGAGUGAAAUAAGUAAUGUGUUAGUCGUGUGCUUUAUAGAUUGGUUAUGUAGUAGUCAUAUAUCUGUAUUCAAAUAUGUUUUUGCUGUUAACUACACUUUUUUUUUUUUUUAUACGAGUUGUGUAAAAGAAGCAUUGUUGUGGACUUAUUAAAACACAUUCACAGACAUAA